GCUGCUCUCCAGCGGGUCAGCAUCCUGAGGGGAAAGUAUCUAAAGAAAGGGGAGAUCAAGAUCAAGCCUUCUAAUGAGGUUGUAUUUUUGCAGUGCUAAACAUUAUCUCAUACAAAGAGGAGGAGCUCAGAUGAGAGGUGGAGCAGUCACUAAAAGACAGGCCUAUAGUGGAAUAAGUGCAGCAUCCAUCAUUAUAUUUACUAAAAGCAAUGAGAAGUGAACCAUGCUGUUACCAGCAAGACCAGUUGUUCUCUGGGUAACCAGAUCCCUGAGCUGGAAGACAAGAAGCAGAAUAAAGCUCCAAUAAUCCAAGGGGAACCUGUUAGUGACCUGCUGUACCACUUAAACCUGCACAAGUCUACGGGGCCAGAUAGGAUCCACCCAAGGUUACUGACGGAGCCGGCAGAAGUGCUCACUGAGUCACUUUCAAUCAUCUGUCAGCAGUCCUGGCUAACCAGGGAGGUCCCGGUUGACUGGAGGUUAGCAAAUGUGAUACCCAUCCACAAGAAUGGAAGGAGAAUCCAGGAAAUUACAGGCCUGUCAGUCUGACCUCAGUGCCUGGGAAGGUCAUGGAACCGAUCAUCUUGAGUGCCAUCACACGUUCCAGUCUGUGUUACAGUUCUGUAUUGCUGCAGGAGGACUGACUUGGAAGGAAGAUGUUGAUGAACUCAGCUGGAUUUAUUCUGUUCUUUCUCUCUCAUUGUGCUGUGUCAGUGAGCACCAAAGAGGUAGUGGACUUGGCUAAUGCCCACCUUCUCCCCCAAAGAGGCUACGAGAGACUGAGUAACACCAAUGAAAAAGACUAUCCAAGGGAUUGUUUUGAGAUUUUUCAGCGCUCCAAAGGAAAUUCCAGGGAUGGUCUUUACAUCAUCCAACCAAAGGAGGACCCAAUUGUUGUCUUUUGUAACAUGCAGGAUGGUGGCUGGACAGUAAUCCAGCACAUUACUGCUAAUAGUACUGUCGACUUUGAUAGGACCUGGCAGGAUUACAAAUACGGAUUUGGCUCCGUUCAAGAUAACCACUGGUUAGGAAAUGAAUAUAUGCAUCAGUUAACUAGCAGCUCCGUGAAGUAUAUACUUGGAGUGAAACUUGUAAACCUAAACGCUGAAAUCAAAUGGGGACAGUAUGAACCAUUCCUUAUUGAAGAUGAAGCAUCUCAAUACCGAAUCAGGGUUGGUCUAUACAAAGGCAAUGCCACUGAUGCUCUGACCUUGGACACGGAAGCUUAUCUCCAUGACAACCAGAAGUUCACCACCAAGGACAGAGACAAUGACAAUUACUUUCAGAAUUGUGCUAAACUGGAACUCAACGGUGUUCCUGGAGGAGGCUGGUGGUACGACGCAUGUGCUGGAGCAAAUCUAAACCGUAGGAACGUGAUAUACUGGCAAAAGGACUGCAACAAGCAACGCAUGUGCAAGUUUGCAUGGAUGAUGAUCAAACCUAUGGACCACAGCGUGUCAUAUCCAACCAAGUCCUGUCCAUGUCAGAAAGUUGAACUGUAGAUAAGCCAUUUUACUUUGAAAGGAACAUGGAUUCUUUGUCCAGUGACUGGAGUGAACUCACAUUGACUGAAUAAUCACACUAAGUAAUCAUGACUGAAAAUUUAAUUUGGGCUUCUGCAAGUCUUCAAGGGCUUUUUGAUAGCAUAUCAUCCAGGACUGGACCAGGACAUAGACAUCUACCAACCACAUAAGUGGAAGUCACUGUCAGAAACUAAGACCUCUGCCAGAAGAUUUAAAUAAUUAAUUGUAUAGCCAUAAGAGGAGUCAAGUAUGAAAUCCAGGAUGGGAUAUCUUGUACAAGAUAUACAUGAAUAUACAUGCAUUUCAGAAGCUUUUGCUCCAGUAUGAAUGUUCAUGGUUGAUCUCCUAUAUUUGCACAUCUUCACAUAUCACACAGGAAGGAAAUUUUUAGUGAAGUACCUACAUUUACAAAACACAUAUUGGAGAGUAUUGUGUUAUCACAGGGCAGCAUAAGGCCUUUCCUUUUUACUUUUAGUGAAAGGUAUUUUAAUGUAUAAAAUUGGAAUGAGCCUCAUCUCCCACGGCUUCAUUUCCCCUUCAUUGACUCUUCUAUUUAUCUCUACUUUUUAAUGAUCCCAUACACAAUGAAGUAUUCAGGACGGGCUUUUCUUCCUUCUUUUUAGAUCACUCAGAGCUAAUGGGAUCAUCAGCUUUCCCAUUUAAAGCUACUAAUCCAAAGCUUACAACUCCUCUGAAUUUUUCCCCAAGAAACUCAGUGAAUGUAUAUUUUUAAAAAAUCAAAAUGAUUUCACAAUUGUUUACUUAUUGCUCCAUUUUUUUUCCUGCAUAUGUCUACUUUGUUUACCAAGUUUUGACUGCUGCUUCUCCCUGUUCCAUGACGUGCUUCAGCUUUCUCUGUUUUUUUAAAACCACUGUGAGAAAAAGAGUGUUGGCUUUAUUUCCCAUUUGCUAGCUUCAGUUGUUUUGGCACUCAACAUUAUUUAAACAGGGUCUCUUUUUUUUCUGGUUAUAAAAUAGAGAAUAGUUAAAUUUCAUUAUAGAUUCAUCUGUUUUAAAAUCAUAAAUAAAAGGAUUUCAGUUUUGAUAA